GUCUUGCAUAUUCCCACUACGGCCCCAUCUAGCUCCCUCCAUCCUCUCGCGCUAUGGAUCAUAUUGAAUUAUAGGGUAUCAAGAGAGGAACAAACCAUCGUAGGCUGGUCCGCUCUCAAAAAUGGCUUCGGCUCCCAUUGCCUCGGCAUCGGAACAGCCUUUGACAUCCACAAACCCCCAACUAGGACCAGAGCCAUACUUUACAUACCCCACGCCCACUCCAGAUCAACUAGAAGAAGAGCUUCCGCCUUAUUUUGAGAAUGAGAAUGUUUCAUUAGGGUUAGUUCUGGAUCGGUUCGCUCGAAAAGGGAACCAUGAUCUCAGAGUGCUCCUUGGCGAAGUUCUUCCUCAACUUUCCAUUCGUGAACGACCAAAACCUAUAAUAGAAUAUGCUAAAACCACCCGACAAGCACUCCUCAAAUAUCUCGCUGUCCUUCGAUGGAAGACCUCUGUCGACAUUGCAUCUACAAGCACCGGAUCAUCCGUCGCGAACACAGCAGGUCCAGCAUCUUUUCCUACGCCCCAUUCCAAUAAUGAUCCCAAUGACAACUCUCCAGAUGCCUUCGCAGGAAAAGGCAAAAGCAAGACUCAAGCGGAUGAAUCGGUCAUCAAGGGCAAAGUGACAGAUGCAAAACGAAUUGCGCACUUUAUGGAACAUCAAAAUCAGCAACAUGAAGUAGCAAUCGAGCAUGUCAAGCAUGUCACCAAAGUAGUAGAAGGCUUGCGUGAAAGGAACCCCGACCUCCUUACAGCCUUAUCCCUCCUCGCUACCGGCACCUACAAUCGUCUUCCCGCAUCGCUUGUCGACCCUUACUUACCCAAACCAGUUUUAACAAAUUCUGCCAUUCUUAAAGUCCUCCGUCGGCUCAAUCGUCAAAUCAGAUACCGCCUUCGCUGCCUCGACUAUCUUCCUCCAGAGCUCAUUGUUGAAGAUAUAAAAGAUGGUCGGAUGUACGCCCGAGGGGAUGGAUGGAGAGCGGAACUUACAGUUGUCGGAUUUGAGGAUACUAGCCGAUGGUGGUUGACAGGAGUAGAGUGGGGCUGGAAGGCAAAGGAGAAGGGCGUGGAUGACCCUGGAGGCAGGGUCACCAAGAAAUUUACCGGCGAAGAAAGACAAGGGAUCUUAGAUAUUGCGAAUGGCGAAGUUUUACCUCCCAGAGAAUUACCUGAGAAUGAAAUGGAGGUGGAUACGGUCAUAACAGAGGAUCCCCAGGUGAAGAAGAGUGAAGUGGUCGAAGUAGUCAAGAAGACUGUUGAUGCGCCGUUAGUAAGGGUAUACAAUUUGCUUCAACACUUGUCAUUAUCAUAUCGGCUAGAAGUGUUGUUCACCCAAGCAAUUGCUCUUAGUCAGGGCAAGUGGAGAGGGCAACUCAUUCCUGAAAUGGAUCGCGAGGAUAAGACUUUACGAUUGAAAUACUGGCUCCGUGAAAGACCCAUGCAAGUACAGCGUCAAGACUCCACUUCCAUUAAACGUCCUCAAGCACCGGCAACUCUUCCCGCAUCUCGUCAGACAAUGGUGGGCGGCAUCAUCCACAUUACUCUGGCGGAAAAGACGACUCCUCGUUCCGAAUUGGAUAACCUCCUGAGCGAUAUAGCAUGCGGUGGACUCGUUCCAAGCGAGAGGGUGCUGAGAUUGGAAUUAAAUGUCAAAUGGGUUGUUGAUGAAGCUGGUGUAGGCGGAGGAUUAAAAUCUGGUGACGUUAUGGACAACAGCAUGCUUCAUUUGGAUCCCGAUGCUCUAAGCGUCGAAGAUCUGCUUCACGUCUGCACCCGUACCCAUGCCUCUCAUCUUACCCGCUCCCAUGGCACCUCCCUCCUCACAUCGCCCCGCUUCCUCAAUGCUUCUUCCGUUCAACCUUCUCUUCAAGAAUCCACCGAUCCAUCCGCCCGUCCGCUUACUCUUCGAGUACCUUUACCUUCCCGCUACGCCGUUUCUCAUCUGCUUAUCGGCGUCUCUUCCUUCAGUGGGCUGCUGGAAGUCGAGGAUGAAGGUGCAAAGGGAAAUGAUGCUAGAGCAGAAAGGGCGGCUAUGAGCAUGAAGAGUGUGAACGAGGGCAAGACAAAGCUGGUUGAUGAUAUCACCAGGCUGACGACUGCCAUUGUUGUAGAAAACAUCGAGGCUCAAAUGAGACAACUGGGAUGGAAGCCUACCCGCCAAAUUGCUUUACGUCUUAAAGAUCUUAUCAAAGCAGACCUUCACCCAGUCACCACAGUCUUUGUUCCUUUGGCCUCCUCGCCCAACCACUACUUUGUCACCAAAGCCGUCCAGAAUGGGAUAGUUUUUGAGCUUCUCAAGGUUGCCAAAGUACCCAACGAGAAUGGGUUAGGAAUGAAAUAUAUGGUAGGAGAUAGAACGAUGAUGGAUUUAGGUAAGUUGAAGGCGAGAAGAAAAAGUGGAGAUGAUAAACUGCAGCGGUCUGCUUUUGAGGUCCAAAAUAAAGACCUAAAGGACCUAUUCAUCCUGUCCAACGCUCUCGUUGCCCAGACUAUCGUCGAACAGCAACUCAAAGAUCGCUCCAUCCCUUACAUCCAACAGUUCCCACCGACCGCCGGUCCCGCAUCUCCCAAGUCUACUUCGCCUCUUGCGGGUAUGGUCCCCACCAUUUGCGUGGAUGUGCGAGACUUACUUCGUGCCGGCCGUGGAGGCGGAAGUGCAGCGAUGGAAGUGGCUAUGCCUAAAGUGUGGUUGCAAAUCGAAGGAUGGUGGGAAGGCGGGAAGUGUGAGGUGGUUACCAUUGUGGUAUUGAGACAUCAACCAUCGACUGUGGCUCCUGGGACUGUGUCACAGGAGGGUGAAGACGAAAAGGACAGGGGGGAAAGUGCAAAGGCUGAAGGGAUAUCGUUCGACCCAAAAUCAUCCAUUGUAAGAUUUAGAGCGAAGGAUAUCUCAAGAUGUGUGCCAGCAUUUUUGGAGCAAUGGGAGAGGCUGAGCAAGGUCAUUGUCGUUGCUGGCGAAGUGAGCCGCCUAAACAAAACGGAAUCCUUCAAAGAUGUCAAGAUACUUUCCUUCGACCUCCGUACAGCAACUCUGCAGUAUGCUCCAGGUCACAAUGCGUCAAUAACCUAUAGUCCAACAGACGACUCAUAUCGCAUCACAUUCUUCCUCUCAUCCCCGUCUUCUGACACCGACAGAAACCCCCACGAACUCGUUGCUCCCCUGCUCAGCGCCAGACUCAACGAGCUCACAUCGACUGGUAUUGCUGGCGAAAACAAACCAAAAGGCCAAGUAGGGAGGGAGUUUAUGGGGCUGCUAAAAAAUACACUGCCCGUGUUGAAGAUUGGCAAAAUUUUGGAAACAAAAAUGGGUUGGGGUGUGGUCGUCCUUGGAGUAGCGAAAUAUAGGCUGAUUAAGGACCAUAACGGUAAAAGAUUCUCAGUGGAUGUUACACUUUUACCUGAUCUGGAGCAUUACCUUAUCCAAGACGGGGCGACCCCUCGAGGUCCAGAUCACGUCGUAGACGUGUACACCGGACCCCUUACUUCCCUAGAGAUGGACAAGGUUGUCCAUGCAGUCUUUGAUGCCGAAAAGAGCGUCUCUCUUGCAGAAACUGGUGACGAGAAGGGUCAAGGCAAAAAGAGACACGUACCACCAGUGAUGAAGCUCGAUCAAGGGAAGAGUCUCGUAUGCGAGGUGGCCAGGUUUGAAAGGGUACUUAGAAAGGUGAUGGAAGAGGCCAGCAAGGUGAUGGGUCUUGGAAAUAACAUGGAAAUGGAUAGUUAAUUGGGUAGAAAUCAUUUGUUUAGAACAGUUCAGUGUACAGAUAAUUGCAUGGGCAUUGCGGAUAUGUAUCCACCGUAUGGAAUCAGGUCAGCAGUCAUUCACUUUUAAUCCAGUGACGCAAUGGAAGUUCU